AUGUCGGCUCCACCACCUGUCGCCGGUGUCGAGGAUUCGGCUGACCGAAAUGUCGAAAUGUGGAAGAUUAAGAGGCUUAUAAAAAGUCUAGAGCUGGCUAGAGGAAAUGGUACUUCUAUGAUUUCACUGAUUAUCCCCCCACGAGAUCAGAUUGCUCGGGUUCAAAAGAUGCUUGCUGAUGAAUAUGGUACUGCAUCGAAUAUUAAAUCGCGUGUGAAUAGGCUUUCUGUGCUUGGAGCAAUUACUUCGGUACAAGGACGUCUGAAAUUGUACAGCAAAGAGCGCUCUGCGUUAAGAGAGGAAAUCUAUGAAGCGUUUCAAGAUUUGAGCGUUCUGUUCCAAGCGCUGAAACGUUAG